AUGUUGGUGCUGCCAGUUCUGUUGGGUCUGCUGCCUUUGCUGCUGGUAGUUCUCUACCUACAGUUCAGAUGGCGACAUAGACACAUACUAUCUGCUGCUAACAAGCUACGGUCGCCGCCGGCGCUUCCUCUUAUAGGCAACGCGCUCUACUUCCUUGGCGAUAUUACAAGUGUAACAAACAACAUAGUAAAGUUCACCACUCAGUUCAAAGGACUUUUCUGCCUUUGGGUCGGUCCAGUUCCAGUGUUUGUGGCGACGGAUCCGAACGAUGUUCAGACGGUGUUGAACAGUUCCAAUACUCUGGAAAAAGACGACAUUUAUGAUUUCUUAAAGCCCUACUUAGGAAAUGGAUUACUCACAGGGCCUGUCCACCAGUGGAAAAAGCAACGUAGGCUACUCAACCCAGUCCUCCACCCGUCCAACGUAGACAGGUUUCUGCCAGAGUUCAACGCCGUUGGAGAGGAGUUGGUGCGGCGGCUUGGUCAGACUCCUGGAGAGGUUGACCCUAGGAAGGGGAUAUUCAACGCCGCUGUAGAUGCCGUCAUGAGCACCGUCGUGGCAAGAAAACCUCUAACAAAAGAAGCAAAAGAAGAUAUAUUCCAUCUUUUAAAUAAUGUUGGCAGAAUGUUCACCUAUCGCUUGUUCAAAGUUUGGCUUCACAUUGACUGGAUCUUCAAUGUUCUCUACAGAAGAGAAAUGAAAGAGGCAAAUGAGAAAUUGGCAGCGUGUGUUCGAGUUUUCAACGAGCACUGGGACGAAGCAGUGCAAGACCGGACCAAGGAUGGUGUGGUGAAAGUUGAAAAUGAAUCAGAAGGAUACGCACCGAAGAAUAUGGUUGACGUCGCUGUCGUCCAGGUCGCCAAUGGUGGCUGCAAAAGAGAGUGGUUUGAUGAAGUUACAACUAUGAUUGUUGGGGCAACUGACACGGUGGUAGCAGCAAUUUCUUUCCUACUGUUCACCCUAGCCAAUCAUCCAGAAAUACAGGACAAAGUCCACGCUGAGAUCCAGGAGGUCCUGGGAGAUUCUGACCGUGAAGUGACUCAAGAUGACCUUCGCAGGAUGACCUAUCUGGGCCAGGCUCUCAUGGAGACUAUGAGAAUACACGGCGUGUUCCCGUGCAUCCUGAGGAAGGUCACUAAGGACAUAAAGUUGUCCGAGGGCACGUUGCCGAUUGGCAGCAGAGUGAUGGUUACGCUCCACGCCAUGGGAUGGAACCCUGAUACCUUCCCUGAACCUCACAAGUUCGUCCCUGAGCGAUUCUGUCCUGAACUUCAGCGAGAUCCUGACCACAAGAGACACCACUGCGCUUUCUUGCCCUUCAGUGGGGGACCUCGCAGCUGCAUAGGCAAGGCGUACGCCAUGCAGAUGAUGAAGACGGUGGCCGUCCAUGUCCUCAGGAGGUUCAGGGUCAGGACGAAUGUUCGUCUAGAAGACAUCCAAUACGAGCUGAAGGUUGUCAUGCACAGUCGAACACCGCUGUUGCUGAGUUUCGAGACUCUCCAAACGUCUAUGGUUUGAGAUCAAAAACACGACAAUUCUUUCAUUGUUAGAUACAACGUUCCUUGUGGUUUUGUUGACUUUUGCGGUUUGUUUGUUGAUUGUUGAGGGUUUUUGCCACAGUCUUGACUCCUAACUUUAUCAAAAGACAUAUGUAUCAAUACUCGUAUUUAUCUAAGGAACUGUCGUGGUUUAUAGGCUAGGUUGUUAUGCACAGACUAUCUAGGACGUAUAAGUUCAUUUAG